UACGCCGUUGCCGGGUUCCUCUUCACUUUCUUCAUCAUCUCGCUGCUGACACUGAUCGCUUAUAUCCUGGGACAGCCUAGGGGGGUUCUGGAAUCAGUGAUUGCUUUCGGCGGAGCAUUAUUCUUGCUCUACAGCGGAAUUGCUCUUUCAAUUGCUCUGAGUUCCGUGUCGUCUUUGAUCGGGUCGGGAAACCCGUAUUGCUCCAUGUCCAUAGCUACUAUCGUAUUUACGUUCCUCGGUGCGAUUUUGUACAUGGCUCACAUCGGUUACUUGAUACACGAAACUAGGAAAAGGAGGUCGUCCCGAGUGCCAAUUCAUCUCGCGACUGCGUCAAUUUUCUUCGAGCAGUUUCUUUGCGAAUAUCGUUGCCAAACCGGGUGUCUCAAGGUUUCCGAAGAGUUUUUGUGA